AUGAUUAAUUUAGGUAAAUCUUUUAUAUAGAGAUUAAGAUCACUGAAAAGUGUGAGUUAGUCAAGACAUUUUUUGUGCUAGAAUAACUUCAGAUUCAAUUUUAGUAACAUUCCUGAUGCAGAAGAAGAUAUUCAAAGGGCAGAAUCUAUUAAUAAAUUUAGAUUGUAGAUGCUUGAAGAUCCUAAAUAUAAAGAUUGUUUGGUUGAUUUAGUUUUAAAAAAUCCAAACCAACUCAAUAAGAUCUUAAAAUAAAUUGAGAAUUUAAUUCAUUAAGAUAAGUAUGCCAUGGCAGAAGUAUUUGAAACUAAAUACUUUAGAAGUUAUGUUUAUUUGAUUGAUUAAUUUUUCAGAACUUAUAAAUCUGAUAUAGAUGGGCAAUUAAAUGCAUGUAUUAGUAUCAUUUAUAAAAUGUCUCAUAUCUAUAAUGAUUUGGGUAAUCUUACUUUCUAAAAGUAAAUUCUUCUGAGCAAAAGAGUACUCAACGAAGCAAUAUAAAAUCACGAAGCUUUGUAGUUCAAAUAGUUGUUUCAAUGCCUUUACACAAUGGGUACUUUUAGAAUAAAAAAGCUAGAAAAUGAAGAGAGGUUAUUCAUCAGACUUAAAGACUUGAUGUAACAAUAAAAAAGCGAGAUUAGUAUUGAUGAACUUUUAGAUGUUCAAUCAAGUUUAGUUAAAACAGCUUUCGCUAGAAACCAAUAAGAAAGAAACUCAAUCCUUAUAUUAUCUGAUUUAAUUAAUAACUAUGUGUAUGAAAAAAGAGAAUCUCUCACUUUUGAAAAUACAAUUAAAGUAUGCUAAAAUCUAUAUUCAUCUCAAAGUUACAUAAAUAAACACUUAUUAGAUAUUUUAGUUAAAAAUCUUUAAGAAGAUAUUAUUCAAAAAAAUUUAGAAUAAAGAAGUGAUUCUUAAGAUAUCUUGAGAUAAGUUAAAUAGCAUAUCUUUGCUUUUGGCUAAAUUUCACUCUUGGAGCACAAUACUACAGAUGGCUUAUAUUACAUAUAUGCUUUUGAUGAGUAUUAUAAGUUGAUUGCUAAUAUAGUAAAUAAUUACAUUGAUGUAUUCAGUCCUAAAUAAUUAGGAAAUAUAGCUUUUAGCUUCACCAGAGUAGGCUAUUAUGAUUCGAAUUUAAUUCUAAAAAUAGCAAAUAGAAUUUUGAAAUUUGAGUUUUACGGUUUUGAUGAAAAUGAUAAGGGAACUUAGCUUAAAAAUAAACUUAAAGAAGUUCAAAAUAAAAUUUAGCAAAUAAAAAAUGAAUAAUCUGAGAACUAUUCAGCGAAAUAGAUAAAUGAAGAAUUCAAAAAGCUCUAAAACCAUGAAAAAAGAAUCAAAACAUCAUUGAGAGCUUUAAGUAACACUGUCUAAAAAAAUUUUAAUCACUUAGAUGCUUUAGUUAAAAUUGUACAUACAAUGGGUUAGUAUAAUAUACGCUAAGAUAAGGCUGUUGAUUAGAAAUAAGUGGAUCAUUUUUUGAAGAGUUUGUAUUCAAUAAUAGAAUUAUUUUCACUCAAAUUUAAGCAAGAAUAAACAACUGGUAUUCAUUUAGAACUUAAAAAUAUUACAAGAUCAAUAUGGGCUUUAUGCGUUUUAGAUUCAUCUGAAAAUAUUGUUGCACCUAUUCAUUCUUUGAUAAAUCAGUUCCUGUUUAAUGAAGAAAACACAUAAUACAGUUUAAAUAUGGCAGAUCUAAGUAUUAUUUAUCUUGCUUAUCUGUAUCUUUAAAAGAACCCUGGAGUUAUUCCCAAGCAACUUGGUUUACUCAUUCAGGACUUGUAUUCUCAAUAAGUUCUUAAAUAGAAAAAAUAAAUUAGUUAAUUCUGUUACGAUGUCAAGAAGCAUAUAGACAAAUUAAAUAUACCAAAUAGUUUAGAAGUUAACUUAGAUAAUAUUCUUGUAGAUAUAAUUAUACCAGAUCAACAUUUCGGCAAAUAAGUUAUAAUUGAUACAAAUGGCUACAUGCAUUACUUCAGAAAUGAGUCAGUUGAAAAAGGAAGUACAACCUUAAAAUAGAAAAUUUUAGAACAAUACUAUCAGAAUAUUUAUGUAACAAUUCCUUAAUUUGAAUGGGAAUUGUUAGAUUCAAAGGACAAGUUAGAGUAUUUACAAAAACUUUUUACAGCUUUAAAACUAAGAAUAUAGAAUGAGCAAAAAUAAUAAUGA